UCUGCUGUUUUCCGCGUUCCUUCAGCUGGGAGCGCACACACACACACACACACACACGGCUGGAGCAGCGGCUGGCGGGCACGCGGAAGUGUCACACCUGCACGCUCCCUGUUUCCGCAUCCCCUGCGUGCACCCGCUCGGAACCGCGGGCACUCCCUCCCGAACCCACUGGUUUCUCUCCCAGCGCGUCAUCCGGGGGCCCGUGACGUCACGCGCAGACGCGCAAAAACAUCUGGUACCGACCCGCACAGCUGCUGGAGUUCCCGGGAAGUUCUGUCGGGGAAGGAAGCACGGAUGGCAAGAAGAACACACCUGGACAGGUCCAGCUCUGCUCUCACGCCGUUUGGAGAACCAUGAACCCAUCAGAGCAGGCCGCUGAAUAACCUUCAGAGCAUAAAAAACAACCACCAGACCGAGGCGAAGGACUUCAACAUGGCCGUCUUCAAGCCUGACAACGUGGAGGACUUGUAUGAGAUCGGAGAGGUUUUGGGAAGUGGUCACUUUGGUCAGGUGCGGCAGGUCCGAGAGAGGACUUCGGGAAUUUUGUGGGCAGGCAAGUUCCUGAAGAUCCGAAAGAGUGCGGGCAGCCGUCUGGGUCUGGACCGGACCAGUGUGGAGCGAGAGGUGGGGAUCCUCCAGAUGGUGCAGCAUCCCAACAUCGUGACCCUCAAGGAUGUGUUCGAGAGCCGCUCCGAGGUUGUGCUGAUCCUGGAACUCGUCAGCGGUGGCGAGCUGUUUGACUUCAUCGCCGAGAAGGAGAACCUGUUGGAGAGUGAGGCCAUCGGGUUCAUGAAGCAGAUUCUGGAGGGGCUCCGGUUCAUGCACAGCAGCAACGUCGCCCACUUCGACCUGAAGCCAGAAAACAUCAUGCUGUCGGACAAGGUGUCAGAACUUCCCAACAUCAAACUCAUUGACUUCGGCCUGGCCCACCGGUUCCAGGAGGGGGAGGAGUACCGGAGCACCAGCGGCACCCCCCAGUACAUCGCCCCCGAGGUGAUCAACGACGAGCCUCUGAGCACGACAGCAGAUAUGUGGAGCAUCGGAGUCAUCACCUACAUCCUGCUGAGCGGCCUGUCACCUUUCCAAGACGAGACCAAUGAACAGACUCUGAAGAACAUCAUUGACAUGAAAUAUGAGUUUAGCGAUCGCUACUUCAGCACGACCAGCUCCAUGGCCAAAGAUUUCAUCCAGAAGCUGUUGGUGAAGAACCCCACAGAGAGGAUGAGCGCCGACGAGUGCCUGCUCCAUCCGUGGAUCAAGCCAAUCACGCGCAAGCAGGCGGCCAACAGGAAUCGGUCCUCCAUCAACAUGAAGAACUUUAAGAAGUUCAACGCCAGACGGAAAUGGAAGAUGUCCUACAACAUGGUGUGGAUGUGUAACCGACUGGUGAACCUUCGGCUGCUGGUUAAGAAUCCAGAUCCACUACAGAGACAAUGUGAGAGCGACGUGGAGGACACGGACAGCAAGCCUGCCUCUCUGCUGCGCCGGAGACUCAGCAGCAGUUCCUAGGACCACCAGCAGGGGGCAGCCAGUCCGCGUGGUCCAGAACCAGCAGAAAGCCCCGAGUCCAGACGAUACAGAACCAGCAGAAAGCCCCGAGUCCAGACGAUCCAGAACCAGCAGAAAGCCCCGAGUCCAGACGAUCCAGAACCAGCAGAAAGCCCCGGCACAGACGAUCCAGAACCAGCAGAAAGCCCCGAGUCCAGAAGAUACAGAACCAGCUUGACCCGAGGGUCUGGAACAGGGUUGGAAAUGAGUAAAGAACCCCUCACUAACUGCAGGUUGCUCUGGUGACGGCCAGUUUCAGCCACAACAGGGCGAACUUACAACCAGUGGUCAAAUUAAUCAGAAAUUAUUUUAUUUCUUACAUUAUAUCUGCAUUUGUAAUGUUUAUUCACAGUAAUCACACAGGAAAUUGGUGGAGCACAGGCUCACUGCAAAGGGCCUCCGGCCGAGGCUGGAGCCCGGGCCAGAUGCAUGAUGCGUGAACGAUGAACUCUCUAUCUCACCACAGACACUACAUACA